AAUCGGGUGAGGAUAAGACGGCGUUCGCAAGCAGUGGGGCACCCGCGAUUUUUUUAUCGUUUUGGGGGGCGGACGGUGGAGGGCGAAAGGCAAACCGAUCAGAAAAGCUCAGAGCCGAGGCUCGGACCAUCGCGAUACCUCUCUGUUCUCUCUCUCUUUCUUCGAAGAGAAUCAUAGAAGUGAGAGAGGAUAUAGAUAAGAGGAGAAGCUUCGUCGCGACUCGCGAGGGAAGGAGGGCGGGUUCGGGGAGAGAGCGGUUUCUCUUCUCCUAUUAGCUUGUCUGUUGGGGUUUUUGGGGGUUGGGGGUGGGAAGGGGUCGGGGGCCCUAAAGCUGGAUGGUUGGGAUGAACGGCGGAGGGCGGGGGAGGACCGGCGAUCGGGCGUGGAGGCUGGCUGACGAGAUGAACAGCAACGGAUGCCGCGGAUGGAGUCGGAGUACGUGAGGCGGCUCCAUCGGCACGAGCCCAGGGAGAAUCAGUGCAGCUCCGCUCUGUUCAAGCACAUCAAAGCCCCUGUUCAUCUCGUAUGGUCUUUGGUGAGGAGAUUUGAUCAGCCGCAGAAGUACAAGCCCUUUGUAAGCAGAUGUGUCAUGCGAGGGGAUCUGGGGAUUGGGAGCGUGAGGGAAGUGAAUGUCAAAUCUGGGCUCCCUGCCACCACCAGCACCGAAAGGUUGGAGUUUCUUGACGACAAUGAACACAUCCUUAGCAUCAAGAUUGUCGGGGAUCAUAGGCUCAAGAACUACUCAUCCAUCAUCACCCUCCACCCCGAGACCAUCGACGGGAGGCCAGGGACACUGGUGAUCGAGUCAUUUGUGGUGGAUGUGCCCGAUGGGAACACCAGGGACGAGACAUGCUUUUUCGUGGAGGCCUUGAUCAAGUGCAAUCUCAAAUCGUUGGCUGACAUAUCAGAGCGCUUGGGGGUGCAAGAUCAGACCGAGCCCAUUGAUCGGUGAUUCCAUUGAUUCAUCUGCGCGCGGAGCAAUGAAAGUUGCCGGGAUAAAGCUUUCAAGCCAUUCUGGACUUGGAAGCUUUUGAGACACUGGUAGUUUAUUUUCUUCUUCCUAGCUCCUACUGUUACCCUUUUUAUCCUAUCCUUCCGUUUCAUUCCCAUACUCUUUCAAAAGUGAAGGCGAUGUUUUUGUCUGGGUAGUACCAGAACCUCAUUCUCUCGUGAGACACACAAAUUCAGAGGUCGCUUAUAGUUAGGUCUCUCUUGGGUUUUCCUGAAGGCCUUUGAACACUGCUUUGGUGAAUCUGUGUCCGGAAUUGAUGAUUGUAUGAUUUUCAUGAUGAAGGCUAGCUUAUUUAUCUGAUGCUGCCGUGGAGAUGGGAAUUUAGAGGACCUUCGACUGUUUCGUUGGGUGCACUUUGGAGGUAUUGUAUAUAUUCGAACAAUGAGAUAGAUUCUGGAUGGACAUGGUUUUAGUAAUAGAUUUCAUCUCCCGAGCUGCCAUCUUUUCUCUUGGUUGAAA